GUAGAUGUUUUUCCCAGUGUAAAAUUUGUUUAUUUGUAUUGUUGCUAGUUAUGGAGAAACUCGUUUUAUUAAAUGAAGUAUUUGAUUUACUUUUUACUGAUAGUGAGGAGGAAGAAAGUGAUAAUGAUAUUAGAGUGAUUAAAACACACUUUAAAAAAUGUAGAAACUAUGUUUGUAAUGCAGUUGAUAAUUUGCCUAACCACAGUACCGAGCAUGUUCCUAGCAAUAAUCAUGAGGAUUCUGUAACUUUCAAUGGUCAAGUGAAAACAAAUGAAAAUUUUGUGGAGCAUAUGGUACCGAAAAUGUCCGAUAAAAGCUUUAGGCAGCAAUUUUGUGUAGAGCCCGAAGUGUUUGAAAUAAUAUGCAAGGAUAUUUAUCCGUUUUUGUAUAAAAAAUAUGGGCCGGGACGAAAUGCCAUUAAGCUAGAUAAACAGGUAUUAAUGACUCUGUGUUAUUUAGGGAAUAUCGAGGCAUUACGAUCAAUAUCAGACAAAUUUGAUGUUUGUACAUCAACGUCAUGGAGAAUUGUUUCCAACGUUUGCAAUGCAAUACUUAAAUUGAAUGAAAAUACACAUAUAAUUAAGUGGCCAAAUCGAAAAGAAGCUGAAAAUACUUCCAAGCAUUACUGUGAUAUUUACAAUUUACAAGGCGUUAUAGGAUGCAUAGGCAGUUGUCAUAUAAAAACUAGAGCACCAGUUACUUCUAAGAAUUCAUAUAAAAAUAAAGAUCGAACUUACUCUUUUCCGCUACAAGCAGUCUCAAAUGAAAAAAUGGAAUUUAUAUUUUACUAUGUGGGCGAGUGUGGUUCUGUGGAUAAUGUUUCAUUAAUGGAAAAAUCUGGAUUGGAGUGCCAAAUAAACUCAGGUACAUAUAAAAUAACUAAGGAUCAGCAUUUAUUAGGUGAAUGCGCUUAUCCGUCAAGGACUUGGUUAAUAACCCCGUAUCAAGAAGAUGAGGGUGGCGGAUUGUCCGAUGGGCAAACAUUUUUUAACACAAUGCACUCCGAAUGCCUCGGAGACAUUAAACGUUCAUUCGUUCUACUCAAAGAACGAUUUCAACGGCUUCACUACAUAGAUAGCCUACAGUCUUCUACAAUAAGAAAAUUUAUUGCCGUUUGUUGCAUUUUGCAUAAUAUCUGCCUGAAAAACAGCGAUAUUUCAGAAGAAAACAUAGAAUAUCAAGUUGAAGAGUAUGAAAAUGUAUCGCAGAGAGACAAGUAUGAAACGGAAGAAGUAACUUGUAAAAGAGACUUACUAAUGAAUUUAUUAUACGAAUAA